AUGUCAUCGCUUGCCAAGCAACUUGAACUAUUUCAAUUGCAACUUUUUCGUUACGAACUUCCAUUUAUUUUUGGAUUCGGUAUUAUUGGCAACUUCAUUAAUAUAAUCAUAUUUAGAAGACGUACACUACGAAAAAAUAUGUGUUCAUGGUAUUUUAUUUGUUUAGCAGUGGCUCAUUUAUUCUUGCUUACAUUCUCUUGUCUACCAAGAAUUAUAUCUGCUUUAACUGGCUUCGAUUUAUCAGGUCGAUCUUUUGCUUUUUGUAAGUUUCGUGCAUAUGCAACAGAUGUAAGUUUGGCGUUAGCACGAUAUUUUCUUUGUUUAAUUGCAAUUGAUCGAUGGCUGAUUACUUCAUCACGUUUAGAGACUCGUAAUCGGAGUUCACCUCAUAUAACUCGACGAGUAAUUAUUGGCAGUUUUAUCUUUUGGUCUCUAUUUAAUAUUCAUGUACCAAUCAAAUAUAGCAUUGGUCGUCUAGGUUGUUCACCACCAUUAGGUACUACUUAUGAACUUUUCUAUUCAAUGUAUAAUAUUACCGCAUCAAUGGUACCAAUGUUCAUCAUGAGUCUAUUUACUGUACUGACUGUAGGCAAUCUACGUUUACGAAUGAGAAAUAGAAUUCAACCUCAACCAAUUACAACUGGUUCAGGUGCCACUCCUAUGACAAAGUCAACAAAUGUUACUAUUCAACAGCCCCAGCAAUCUAGACGUGAUGGUCAACUUAUUCGAUUAUCCAUACUUCAAGUGGUUGCUUUUUUAAUACUUAAUACUAUUCGAGGAAUUUUUCCACUGUAUUCAUUUUUAAUGAAUUCACGUGGUAAUCUUACAGCUGAUGAUAGAAGUUUGUUACUCUUUUUCAGUGGUUUGGGUAAUAAUCUUCUUUUCACAUAUGCAGCGAAUACAUUUUUUCUAUAUACAUUAGCAUCAAAAACAUUUCGCGCUGAAUGUUUAAACGUAUUCAAGAGAUAUAUUAGUAUUAUAAAACAACGUCUUCAAACUAUGUUUUAA